AUGUAUCCUGUCGACAAGGUGGAGAGGAAAUUCAUUGCUGUGUUUGCCAUGGAGCUGCGCCGUCAAGGCGUUGCGCAGCCAUCGGAAUGUGAAAAACAAGUUCGGGAACGUUUGAUGGUCGUUGAAACCGCAACCGAAUUCUCUGAUAUGACUUUAGAAGACAAAACAACUUACAAAAAAGGAACUGAAGCAAAUGAGGCUGGUAGAUGCUCAUCAUCUUGCGCCUGCGUUCUGGGGACAGACAUUCAUUCCCUCUAUGGAGAAGUAAAACAUCAAAGCGAUGACCCCUUGAACAACGAUGAUGCCAACACGAAACGAAAAUUUGACGGUGACACACGAUGGACUUUUGAACUUGAUCUUAGUGGGCAGCGUCUUGGCAAUAAGGUUGUCAUUGCUUUAUGUGAAACUUUACUGAAGCUUAACUCUUUCAAUGAUGUCACUGUCAUCCGGUGGCACAUCCUAUUGAUGCAGAAUGGCUUAACGGACCAGUGCAUAAGGCAUCUAUGUUUUAUAAUUCUCUUUUGCCCAAACGUGGCAUUGCUGGUUGUAACGGAGAACUGUUUCACAAAGGAGGGUAUCGCUGAAUUGAGUCAAGCCAUUGACGAAACCGAGUAUGUGUGUGAAGUGCACUAUGAUAGAAAUGAAACUCAAAGUCAGGACGUUAUUAACAUAACAAAGUGCUGUUCUCAAUCUCAGGAACUUGACAGAAGCAAUGCCAACAGUAGCCCCCUGUCUCUCAGAAAAAUUUCAGAGGCGCCACCAACUUCCCAGCAGAUAUCUGCAUCCAAAAAUUCACCUGACAUUUCUGUAAGCCAGAACACAUCUCCUCACUACGGUCACAACCCCUUUCCAAUUGUGAGCGUCAGCCAAUUGUCUAGAACUGCCACGGCGAUCUCUCUUCCGUCUUGCGUUUCCGCAUCCACUGUCGGCAAUGCAGAGGCGUUGAGGCGGCGCCGGGAGGAACUUUUUGGAAAAAGUGUACAGAUUAACUUGGAUGUAAUGCAUGAGGACGACAACAAUGUUACCCACAGCACCAUCAACGGUGCCAGUGAUGCUCACAAAACCCUUUCACCUCCUCAGAGUUCAUCUAGCCUCAGCCCACAGAGAUUCAGCGAUUCGAUACAAGUCUCGUGUGUUUUAGAAGAGGCUCCAGCUAUAUCGCCAUUUCGCGAGGAACGUAAAAAAUCCGAAACACGCCGAGCAUCGACCUAUUCCAGCGAGUCUGAUUUCCUCCUACGCUCAUCAUCAGGAGCUCUGCCGUCCGCACACAAUCAAGGUUCUUCCGUCGAUUAUGGACAAGGUGAAGCUAUCGAAGAUAGGGAAGACAGUAAACAACACCACUGUCAGUCGGGAGGUAGACCGGGCAUCAGGCCUCACGAGCCCUUUGAAGACAACGAAGAGCUGGACUUUACCGCCAAUCUGAACCCUGUAGUAGGUAGCGUUCUAGACCUCUCGCGUACAGUGAAUCCAGAAACAAGUGCUCUGUGGGAAUCUCAUACUCAUGGGGACACACAAUCGGUAUGGGACGUCAUCAAAGCCCAUGAGGAAGCUUCUCAGCAGCUAUACGCUUCUGGAGAAGUUGAUCAGGAGGCUUCAGUGAAACUGCCUGCUGCUUUUGUUGGUCGCAACAAUUACUUUACUAUCACUGUCCUAAAUCUUAGUGGGAACCAUCUUAAGAGCAUGCAGGCUCUCCCUGCCACCCUUCUUCAGCUGGACAUCAGCAACAACGAUUUAACACUACUCAAUGGCUUGAACUCUUGCACGAUGCUAACUGUCCUCAAUGCACGACGUAAUAGAAUCGAUCGGAUCACAGGACUCGAGUGCAACACGUGUCUUGCACAUGUUUUUCUUGGCCGCAAUUGCAUCAAGACCGUGCAGGGUCUUGCUCACCUGCUUAUUUUAGAAACUCUCGACCUCUCACACAAUCAACUGCGGACCUACACUGCUGUGAGGGCCUUAUCCCUUUGUUCUUCACUUCGGCAUCUUCUCCUCAAAGGAAACCCUAUCGUAGAUGACACGGCGCAGGGCAAAGGCUGCUAUCCAAUGAUACGCAAUCUCUGCCCAUCUCUGAUGAUGAUAGACAAUAGAAAGCUUAGCCAGUCACGUUUCGCUGAAAGGCUCGAGCGACAGGAAAGCUACAUGCGGCAGCCAAUGUUGAUUGACACCACACACCAGCCACGAAUUUCUUUUGAUGUUGAAAAUGGUGUGAGAUCUGUUACGAUGCCUCAGACCGGGGAUGGCCAGACAGCUUCGCGUGGUGAUCGUUCUCUACAUACGUCUCAUCAUGUAACUUCCUCAAGCCGCGGCACGCCCGAGUGCGUGGCUCCUAGGGAUGAGGAACCACCCGAAAACGCAGUGAAUCUUCUUUACCUUCUCACUCAUAGUGCCACACCACGGAAAGGGUAUAGUGAUGCCGCUCGCGUAGUUAGUACGGUACGCCAUAUGACACAGCGUGAGGCGAAGCUUCGUGAAGCUGAACAGAGGAAAAGAUUGCUGCAGCACCGUGGCAACGCGAAUUCUCUGAGAGUGGAGAUGACGAAGUUGCUUGCGGGGAAAUCAAAGAAGUACCUGGAAACCACUAUUGUGGAGCAUGUAACACAACUUCAACAACAACAGCAGCUGAGCGAAAAUAAAGAGGUGCACGGCCCACCUGAUACUCCCACUGUACAGGCAAGCAGGGUCGGUGACGUUGGCAAGAAGCGAGCCUCCUCUCGCAAAUCUUAUCGUAUCACACAAGGUAGCUUCAUUGCAAAAUCUCCGUGCUACACCGCUCCACCCACUUAUCCCAAUACCACGGCCGUAGAUCUAUCGAAGCCCUAUGAGCCAAACCGCUUUUGUCCACCUAGACACCCGUUGCGAGCUAUGGAGGCUGAAUCUUCCAUACGAAAAAGGACUGUUUCCAGCCAAGGGGUCUUGCUAUCGCCUGAGGUUGAUGAAGCGACCUCCGAUGCAGUGCAUAUUGAUAAGCGUCCUGGGGAUGCUAACUGCAUUUCUAAAGACCAAUGCAGGACCUCUGACCCGACUCUUCAGGUGCUGCACGAACCUCUUUCUUACGUACAGCUAUACGCUGCUGAGCGGGCCUUACAUCAGGAGGACAUCUUACCGAUAAACACUGAGACAGAUGAUGGUCGGCCUGGAUGCUCUCCUAUUCGUGAUGUCUCUGUUGAAGAUGAACCUGUAAGAGGCAGGUCAUCCGAAAUCCUGCGUGCGGCGAGACGGGCUGUGGUGGGAUGUAGCCUUCCAUUAACGCUGAACGCUGGGCAGCCUCCCUUGCUCAAACGAGAGGAAUUAAGUGCAUCAGCCAAGAGCCGGGAAACACACCGAAUCUCGACCUCUGUCUCAUCAAGGCACUUCUCGCCUUCGCUAUCGAGAGCGACGUUGAGAGAGCCUACCAGGGAGCAUAAAGCCCAUCGCGCAGAUGCCACGCCGUGGAACUGUCGUCUGCAAAAUGAGCAUUAUGAAGUCCCAAAUAAGUUGCCCAUGGCGUCACACUGCGUUGGCCGCCAUUUUGCGGCACAAGAUACACUUAGGAGUAAUAUUCAUGAUCCCAUGUCGAUGCCGUUUCUUCACAUAGAUGCACCGCUGCACGCUUCUAUCUUGGCAUGGAAAAGACAAAUAGCAGAGGAUGUCAAGACUGUACAGUCGGCUCUUAAGGCGAUCAUUGCUCUUCUCCAGACCCAAAGGAGUAAUUUAGUGGGUAGGACUGGGGGGAAACGAACGGUACCAUCGGCGUACCUACAGGAACGCCAAAAGUGUGUCGAGAUCAUACAAAGAAGUGGGAUGCUAAGCGACACACAUGUCCCUAAGGAUGUGGUUACUCAUUAUGGAUUUGACAAGGCUGAACUGGAGGGAGUCAUCGCCGGUCGACAGAGAGUAAAGUGUAAAAGCAGGGCUUCUCAGGAUCGUAUGUUGGUACUGCAACACGUACAAAUGCUUGGCGACGCCAAAACUUGCUUGCGGUACCUGGUUCUCCUCAUGGACGGCGAUGAUGAAUCCCUUUUACAGGAUUAUGUUGAUCAGAUUAAGGAGACAUUUGAAGCUUUAUAA